AUGCCGCGAAGACGAAAUGUACCUGCGGGACGUGACGACGCCACCACGGCAAUGGAUCGUAUGGCAUUGGCAAUGGAACAGAUGGCUGAGUUUAUGAUGGCUCAGCAAGCCCAGAAUCAAAACCAGGGACACCCUCGAGUCGACUUUGCUAAAGCCAUAGCAAGUAGACACCCACCGAAUUAUGCAGGAGAAGAUGACCCAGUGUUUUUGGAAGAAUGGAUACGGACAUUUGAUAAACUGCUUGACGCAGUAAAUUGCCCAGCGAAUCAACGAGUCUCUUCUACGGUUUAUUACUUGACGAAAGCCGCAGAUAACUGGUGGGCAACGACUGGACCCGAACUCCUGCAAAACCCAGACUUUGGCUGGGAGGAAUUCAAGGAGGAAUUGAGGGGACAAUUUUACACAGAACGAAUUAAGGGAAUCAAGUGCGAAGAAUUCUUGCGACUGAAGCAGAAAGGAGAAACUGUUCAGGUCUACUAUGACCAGUAUGUGGAGUUGAUGAGAUUUGCUCAAGAUAUUGUGCCGGACGAGGCAAGCAAGGCAAGGAGAUUUGUGCGAGGACUGGAUUGGGACGUGAGAAGGGCAAUCGCACCAUUCAUGUGCUCCAGUCUCAAGGAGGCAUAUAAUCGGGCAUCGGAUCAAUACCAAGUGUACUUGGAUCAACAGGAAGUUUACGGCAGGAACAAGAGAAAAGCUGAUGAUAAACAGAAGAGAUUCAAGGUGGAUGAUCGGAAGUCUAACCAAGGGAAAUUUCAACCAAAGCAAGGAGAGAAGAGGGGAGGAACAGACCAAGGGAAACAAUCUGCUUGCAGUAGAUGUGGAAAGAGCCAUCCUGGAGAAAAUUGCCAAGGGGUGAGAAUAAGGUGCUACAAGUGUGGGCUCUUAGGACAUAAAUUCUAUGAGUGCCAAACCAGUGUAGAAAAUCUCAGGAACUCCUCGCAGAAUACCAGGCAAGGAGGAGGAUUCAGUAGGAGCAACGGCCGGAAACCUGCGGAAUCUGGAAACAGGGGGGUUAAUUCUCCACAAGGGAAUCGGGGGAGGCCAACGAACGCUGCCAAAGGUCCGAGCGACAAAGGGAAGUCACCAAUGGGAAAAAGCAGCACAGGGAACCAAGGACGAAUCUACGUCGUCAACAGCGCUUAG